AUGGCGGAACUAGGAAGCCGAAUGCCAAUCGGCCACCAGGAUCGGCCUACCAUCAUUUGGUACCAACCCCUCUACUCACAUCGGAUCGGAGCACUCGUUCGGCCUUCAGACUGCGAGAAGAUCAUUGGUGUGUGUACUAUUCCUUUGGACACUGCCAAAGUUAGGCUUAAACUUCAAAAACAAGCUGUAGCUGGUGAUGCAGUCUCUUUACCUAAAUAUAAGGGUAUGCUGGGAACAGUGGCAACCAUUGCCAGAGAAGAAGGUCUUUCAGCUCUCUGGAAGGGCAUUGUUAAGACUUUAUAUGUGGGAAAGGACCAUGUUGGUGAUGUUCCAUUGUCAAAGAAAAUUCUUGCUGCAUUUACAACUGGUGCUGUGGCAAUUGCAGUGGCAAAUCCAACUGAUCUGGUCAAAGUUAGACUUCAAGCAGAAGGGAAAUUACCUCAUGGUGUUCCCAGACGCUACUCUGGAUCUUUAUAUGCUUAUUCAACAAUUGAAGGAGUUCAGGCUCUUUGGACCGGGCUUGGCCCCAAUAUAGCAAGAAAUGCUAUCAUCAAUGCUGCUGAAUUAGCCAGCUGUGAUCAAGUGAAGCAGACUAUUUUGAAAAUUCCAGGAUUCACUGACAAUGUUGUUACUCAUCUCCUUGCUGGUCUUGGAGCGGGGUUUUUUGCUGUUUGUAUUGGCUCCCCAGUUGAUAUGGUAAUAUUUUAG